AUGCCACCACGGCGGCUCUCUGCUAAGAGGCGCCGGUGCCGGGCGACCGAGGCCGCUGCGGCGGAGGCGGACGCCCUGAUCUCCCUCCCCCCAGAUGUCCUCGACGACAUCCUCACGCGCGCCGGCAUCCGCGACGCCGUCCGCACGUCGGCGCUCUCCCGCGCCUGGCGACGCCGAUGGGAGGCGCUCUCGUCCCUCGACCUCAACUUUCCCAGCCUCGGAGGCCCGCCGGAGGCGCUGGGGGCGGUCGACUGCAUCCUCCUCCGCGUCCCCGGCAGUGUCCGGCGCUUCUGCGCGAAUCUCGACAAUGCCUACGCGGGCCGCAUCCACGACUGGCUCCGCGUCCUCUCCCGCCGGGGUAUUGAGAUCCUGGAUCUUCGAUUCGGCUACGGCUUCGCCCUUCCCUCUUCCGUCUUCUCCUGCAGCCGGCUCACCUCGCUCACUCUCAGGAGCUGCGCCAUCCCGCUCCUACCCCUAGGUUUCGUGGCAUUCCCGGAGCUAAGGAGUCUGACUCUCGUAUACGUCCAGUUACAAGAAUACGGGGGGUACCAACUUGAGGAGAUCAUAGAUACAUCCCCAUUGCUUGAGUAUCUAAGUCUUAUUAGUGUUCUCAUCCAUGGCGACUAUAUCCGAAAAUGGGUGAUUCGGGCACCCAAUCUCAGGCACUUACAAGCUUGUUCGGACUAUGAUGAUGAUGGCUGGAUC